GACGUCUUCCCUUACAUCAUGCAUCGCCUCGGCAAGCUCGGGAACAUUAGGAACUACAAGAUCAUCGCCAUGGACAGGACCCUCAACCGGUUCGUGUACGACGAUCUCGAAAGGAAUUAAUUCUCGACACCUGCUACCAGCGGUCGCUCCAGAACAUGAACUUCGCCCAGCGUCUCAGAGGCUUUCACGACACCGGCAUCGAACUCAGGCGACGGCGAUACCACGAGAUCCUUGAGCUGUGCUGCCACGAAAUGACCAUGCGAGCCAGCAAUGGCCUCUAUAUGUACUUUGAGGUACCAUUGAUGGUGGCAGGAUGCCCCGCAUACGACAUCAAUGAGUGUGUGGCCUAUAUCCAACAAUCCCUCUGCUCCGAAGGCGUAUCGUGUGAUCUCUUCAUGCCUCCAAACAUCCUCUUCAUUUCAUGGAGCGCCGACCACUCACCAGACCCAAAACCAUCCACACAAUCACUGACUGUGCCAACCCAGCCUCUACCACCAGCAUCACCACCACCGCGCCAACUCGACAACGACCUCGAACUCGACAUCAACCCCACGGACCCGGUCUCGACGAUGAACUUCACCGUGGGUCUCAUGCGGUCCAAUCCUCGAUACAACCAUCUCUUUGACGAGAGUGGGACUCCAAGCAAGAAAAAAAACACAGGGAAAAGGACAAAGCAUUCCCAGAAUCAAUGAAGGAUCCGGCAUCUGCUUUCGAACCAGCUCUUGUUGCCAUAUGCGUCCUCCUCGGCCGCAUCGGUGGUCGAUUCAUUGUCGACGACUUUGAAGUCAUGUGGUGCCACAACUUGUUCAGAACCAAAGUCGUAAAGGCGAUUGUCGUCUUUGCGCUGGCAUACGUCGGCUCCAGAAGCAUAGCCGUGAGCAC